AUGGCUCGGAUAAAGCAGACGGCGAUUGAUCCAAAUUACAAGAGCGAAGAAGAAGCAUUAAACAUGUUGCAGAAGGAGAAAACCCCAAAGCGAUCCUCUGCUGUCAUCCGCAAGGCGCUUGCGGAGAAGGCUGCGGCUGAGGUCAAAGCCAAGGGAGGAGAGGUUGGAAAGUCGUUUGAGAAGCAACUCAAACGGGCUAGGGAGGAGACCCCUUCCGUUCUCAACAAAAUCAAAAAAUCCACCUCUGCAUCAACUCCUAGCGCCUCAGCCGGGCAUCAGCAGAUGCGGAUAGCAGGGCGACUCGAGAAGAUAGGCGGCAGCGUGUGCCUUGAUCUUGUCAACCCCUUAUCAGCAGCCGCGGGGUUUACCACGCCUGCAAGCGGUUCCUGCUUGGCUGGCUCUGAAGCAAUCAUUAUGACAAAGGCGUAUAGAAUCCAGCAGCUGGAGUCAGAUCUAGAGGCGGCAAAGCAGCGGGCGACUGAUGCUGAGACGGCCCAAAAGGAGGCGGAGGAGGCCCAGAAGAAGGCUGCUGAGAGUGCCAAAAAGGCUGAUGAGGCGCUCAAGAAGGCCCAGACGGACCUUGGCAAUCUUCAGGGUGUUUCUGAAGAGAACACCAAUCUGAAUACCAAGGUUCAAAAACUGGAGAAGGAGGCUGCUCAGGCUCAGAUAAACUUUGCAGCAACCCUGGAGGCGGAGAAAAAACCGUCUAGUUGCUGA